AUGGAAACACUACCCACCCAAGCCACCAAAGCCUCGUCCUGUAACGACGAGCGUUUGUCAGGGCUGGUGUUAAUCAUCGCUCUAUUGGGUUUGAUACUAGGAGCGAUUACAAUGUUAGUCAUGAAGCCCCACUUCCCGACUUUCGUAAUCGAGUCGCUCUCCCUCAUAAAGGACGAAAAAAUAUGCAAAUCGAGCGUGGACGGCGAUUGCAAGACCACGGCCGCAUUCCAGCUAGCGUUUGUUGUGGGGAAGCGCCGCGGCAUAGAUAUCGAGCAAUUCAACGUGUGGCCCCAGUGCAUGCCUUCGCCCGCGGGGGAAGGCUUUGGGCCCACCAUGUACAUGGGUGAAAACGACCGCAUCCUCGAGAACGUGACCUUGGCCACGAUGCUGACGUGCGGUCAAGCCGAGUCGAGGGCGCUCGACUGCCGGGUCAUGUUCGAGGGUUUCUACGACGACUAUGUGUUCAAGGCCCCGUGCGAGAACGUUAGAGUCGAGAAUGACACUACUGUUGGCCAUUGGAUUAUGGUUGGAGGGUCCAGAUUGUGUCCGGUUACUUAUCACAGAGAGCUAUAUUGA